CAGCGAGUAGCAAACUACUUUACUUUUCCCCUCAAAUAUGGGAUUCCGAGGCGUUGGGAAUCGAGAGUCGGCAGACAAAAGUACAAUUUAGUCAUCAUGUAGGUGAACAGCCGACGUAAAGAUCAAAGGCCGUUUCCACCUCAUGGAGAGUAAAGUACCGAAACAACUAGGAAAAAUACAUGACACGAAAGAUCUAUUUCUGGUCACUUUAGACAAGUGGGCAACAACUACAGUACAAAGAUGACUGUUGUGAAGUGACAUUUUUAUGUAAUCAACAUUAUACUGAGAAGAAAUGGCAGAUUUUCCUGGGAAGGUCAACACUCAGACCAGAUCCAGUGAACCUCACGGAAGUUAUGGAAGCAUACUAAUGGCAGACAUGGACUUCAUCAGAAGUAUUCCUGGUAUCCUACUUAUAGCUGAGAUUUUUGUUGGAUUACUGGUGUGGUCGCUGAUCGCCAGCACCAUCUUCACUUCAAAUUCUGCUUAUGUUUGGGUGAUGAUUGUCAGCGUGACGCUGUGGCUCCUGAGCAUUGCCCUGUUUGUUGUGCUGUUGUUGAGGUUUUAUCAGAGUCUACCCUCAGUGCCCUGGCCUUUAGUGCUCAUGGUGUUCUAUGUGGUCGCAUCUGUUCUAUACGUAACUGCCUUUUUGGCUGAUGCAGCAUCUGUCCCAGCCCAUACGGAUAUCUGGCAUGGUCAUCUGGGAGCUUCUGCAUUCUUUGCCAUUGUGGUGACUCUGUUAUACGGAGCUAGCAGCUACUUAGCCUAUUUGGACUGGAGGGGUGAAGGGCAAAAUGCAGCGGCGAGUACAGUGCCUGUGUAGACCAUCCUCUGAUUAACAUUCUCUGUCACUAUGUGAGGAGACUUAGACUUGAGAUAUUACUCAGAUGUUUUGGCACUGCUGAAAAUCCUCUUCAGGAACGUCCAACAACCCUUCUGUAUAAUGGUGCCCAACAAAGUUGCUUGCUGGUUAACAACAUGAACAUUGUGUGUAUGCUUAUGUGCAUCAGACGUGGGGUCAGUAAGAUUUUUUUUAAAAGAUUGAAGCAAAUUAUGUUACUCAGCAAAGACGCAUUGAAUUGAUCAAAAGUGACAGUAAAUGAAUUUAUAAUAUUCCAAAAGAUUUUAUAUUUAAAAAAAAUGCUGGGAUGGGAUCGGGAAAGGUCCGACAAGGUUGACUUGGGUGCAGCAUGUAGGCACACUGUCCACUAGGCAAUCAGUGCCUAGAAACACUUUUUUAAAUUGCAGUAACAUUUUGCAAUAUUACUGCUUUUAUUGCAUGUUUACAGUGGCUUGAAGAGCUCGAUGCGCUGCACAUGCAAACUCAUGCAAAUAGAAAAAGCACCAGCAUACUAAGAAUACAUCAGUUUGACAGUAUGUGCUGCAAAUGCUCACAACACAAAGAAAUGUACAAGUAUCAUAGAUCACAAUAAAAUUACCUCAACAAAGUAAAAAUGGACCAAGGUUUUUUUUUUUUUUUUUUUUACAACUGUUAUACAAAUACCUUGGUCCAAACUAUGGUUAGUGUAGUAAAUCCAUGGUUAAUUUGUGCAUGGCUACCAUAGUUUAACUCUAGUAACCAUUUCUAUGCUUUAUCAAUGAAUUCUUUAACUUUAAUAGUAAAACCAUAGGUUAUGGAUUUUUUUGUAAGGGAAGUUGUAGAAGUAAAUUAGCCAGCUUACAUAACCUUUCACAGUUACAGCAAUUGUUUAUUUCAUCCUUAUUUAGGCUAAUAUAUGUAUAUAUAUAUAUAUAUAGAGCGAGAGAGAGCACUUAAAUCCUAUGAUCAGGAUGUUAAAAUAAACAAAAAGUUGACUCAUUUGCAUUGCAUUUCUUUAUUUGUGCCGUGAGCGUUUGCAGUACUUGUGUUGUCAAAUUGAUGAAGAUGUUUUCUUAAUUUGCAGGUGUUUUUGUCCACUACUUUUUUCUAAGAUUACAGUAAAUUACUUGAGAAACUAUGUAUUUAAGUGGUGAGGUUCUUGCAUUAUUGUAAAGUUAUGCUUAAGAAUGUAAUUGUUUUGAGCAUAGAACUGCUUUGAUAAAAUAUAAUGAAAAAC